AUGAAAUCGACUAAAGUCAAUGUUGUGGAAUCCGGCAUCGAUAGUGGCAAACCAAUCCGUGGUCCAUCCGCAAUUGAAUACGAUCAGAUAGGGACAAAAUCUGCGCAAGAAUUACUCUACGAAAGUGCAUCCGAAUCGAAUUAUAAAAAAGCAGAAGAAAAAUGGGCGAAAUUUGUAACAAAAAUCAAGGAGGAGGGAUUGAGACGACAUCAGAUCGAAAAACUCAUCAAAUGUUUAGAUGAACAAAAGCAAUGGUCAGCAUUACAUUAUGCUGUGUUCAAUAACAACUUGUUCGUCACGAAAAUUCUGGUUGGAGCAAGAUAUAUACAUGACGAUAAGCCAUACAAAUGCGAUUUGAAUGUUCUUGGUGGAAACGGUGAAAAUGUUCUCCAUGUCGCUGCACAAUCAAAUCCACUUUGGUCUCAUCAGAAAGAGCCAACACGAACUUCGCAAAUCUACACAUCGGAUGCGUAUAGAAAUAUUCCGGACGUGGUCAAAAUACUCGUCGAUUCAACACGAUUCGACCAAAAGAUUGAUAUCAAUCAUCAAGACGACGAAGGUCGAACACCGCUCCACCUAGCAGUGAUGGCAAAUCGUCUUGCAUUUGUCGAGUAUUUGCUUGAACGUAAAAGUCGAGUUGAAAUCAAAACAAAGCUCAAUGCUAAUGUAUUUCAUUUCAUGUUUAUUCGUUGUGAUCCCAUUCAAUCAAGUCAUGAUCUUCAGACGAUGUUCAAUCGUCUUUGCGCCGGAAUGAACGAUGAAAAGAAACCUGCUCUAUUUCAGUCUCGUACACUUGAUAAUCGAAGUCCGCUGGUAUUCGCUGUCGGUCAUCCCCAUUGUCCAGAGAGUAUUAUCCGACAACUGGCUGAGUAUAACGAUGACAAUAGUCAAUUGAUCUUGGCAUUUGAUACAGUGGCAAAACGACGGAUCAGAAACUUUGAUGUCUUGAAACCAUUAUUGAAACGUUUUGAAAGGGAGAUAAGUUAUCAAAACGAAUUAGUACAAGUUGUUUGCCGUCAUGAUUAUAUACAGAUUCUCCAGUGGUUGCUGUCAAACAAGUACAUCACCUGUAAGUUUUGA